UUAUCAUGGCCAUAUCGCACAAACAAAGCGUGAUCUGCGGUGUCGGAUGUGCAAAGGUGAACGGUAAAGAACAAAACGAGGACAAGGGCAGAUGAUCAGAAUCUGAGAAGACACAAACAAAUGUAGCAUUCGCGUCAUGGAACCGCGCUUUUCUAGUCUGAUGCAGCCUGAUAGGUCCUGGUAACACAGAUGGGACCCACAGAAUGUUGCUUGACCGUAUGUGCUCCAUGCCAAUUUCUCCGGGGUCUCUUCCCGCCGAUCAUUUCUGAAAACCCAGAACCAUCCUGCAUUGUAAGCGAUUAUCUUCGCACGAAAUGUAUAAAGAAGCUGGGCCAUCCGCAAAGAGGACAAGAGCGGGGGGCGCAGUUCUAGAGUACGCGGUGUAGAAAGUCGGUGCAAUUCCCUUUCCAUAUAUGUAUCCCCAUGUGGAUGUCAGGCUGACCUGUGGGUCCUUGCGUACUAGCGUGAAGAUGCAAGGACAGUGACCGCCGCAAUUGAAAUGUCGACCACAUCCACGGGGAUUGCCACGCAUGCCGACAUACUCCAGCGGACUACCGUCGUCCAUAAGGGUCAAGGUCUGUUUUAGGAAAGUGCGAUCAUGAUCCAAUGCUGGGGUCCAGUGAGUGAUCUCCAGUCACACCGAG